AUGGACAAAAAGAUAUUGGAAUUGGAUGAUGGGGGGAAGAUUACGCUCCACAUGAACUUCCAGGAACACAAGGGACUCUUGGUUGUCGAGUAUUGUGGGAAUGUAUCGUUCAAAAAAUUCGAAUGGACGUCGGAGCCUGUGCAGAAGUAAUUUUUAUAUAUUUUCUUCUUCUAUGUUAUAAUACGUAUAUACUGUAUUAAUUUUCUUAGAAGUCAGCCCAAGCUGGGCUUCCUGUCGGACGAGAAGAUUGGUCCAUACUUUGAUCCUUACAAAUCUCCCAGUUCAUCUUCCACAAAAUCACCGGUCAAGCCCUCCAGAGGUCUUCAAACCAAGUCAAAAAAGAGCUCCUAUCAAUGUCUGGCGGACCUGGACGACGUCAUUAUCUUUCCGGUUGAUGAACCGCGUGUUCCUCCAAGAACUCCAAUCAAAAAACAGUCGACGAACAAGAAAGGAAAGAAGUCUAGGAAGGAAUCCCAGUAUCAGAAUCUGAGAGAAUUGGCCCAGAACAAGUGA